AUGUACCAUGAAGUUGAAGGAACACACCAGAUCGGAGGUGUUACUCUCUUCACUAAGUCAUGGAAGCCCUCAGAUCCGCCCGUGGCAAAGCUUAUAUUUAUACACGGCUUCAACGACCACAUGGAUCGCUAUUAUGAGCUCUUCCCAACGCUUGCAUCUCGAGGAAUCCAGGUAGAUGGAUUUGAUCAACGUGGCUGGGGUCGCUCAGUUCGUAAGGAAUCUGACAAAGGUUUGACGGGUCCUACCGAAACGGUUAUUGCCGAUAUUGUGAGCUUUAUCUCAGCUAAACUACCAUCUUCAAUCCCAAUAUUUGUUAUGGGUCACUCAAUGGGUGGCGGUGAGGCGCUAACCCUAGCCUCAAAUCCUAAACAUGCCGACCUUGUUGGUCAGAUUCGAGGUUGGAUUCUGGAGAGCCCAUUUAUUGCGUUUCCAAAGGGACACGAGCCCAGUGCAAUAACGGUAUUUUUCGGACGUCUAGCGCGACCGAUCUUACCAAGAAAGCAGCUACAAUCGGCCCUACCAGCCGAAAACCUGACCCGCGAUCCAGAAGUUGUGCGUAGCUUAAAAACAGACGCUCUUCUACAUGGCUUAGGGACAUUAGAGGGAUUAUCAGGCUUGAUAGAUCGGACCAACAACCUAUCUAGCGGAAAGUUGAAACUAAAUAAGACUGUCAAGGGAAUCUGGCUAGGACACGGAACGGUAGAUAAAGCAACUUGUUAUGAAGGUAGUAAAAAUUGGUUCAACAGUCAAUGUCAAGACAUUAAUGACAAAGAGUUUAAAACUUAUGACGGAUGGUACCACCAGCUUCACGCAGAUCUUCCUGAUGAUAGACCAGUUUUUGCGAAGGAUGUGGGAGACUGGAUUUUAAAGCGGGUUGGGAGGGAAGUAAAGCUGUAA